AAUGGAUACUAUCGAUACAUUGAAAAAUGCCUUCCUUGAAUUCAUCAACAAACUCAAUCCUCUCUUGCCAGAUCAAUUGCUUUCUAUCGUCUCGGACUUCAAAGAAUAACUCUAGUCCAAGACUCCUUCCGAUCUCUAUGAAUUCGUUUAGCAAAUCCCAGAACUCAAAAAAAGUAACUCCUCUUGCAACACAUCUCCUGAACCACUCCUGAACAAAGUGGCAUCCCACGGUUACAAUCCUCUUUCAGUCUGCUCCUAAAAGGAUUCCGAUGACAAAAGUUAAAGUUCAUAUUCAGCUGAAAAAUAUUAAUAAUUGAAAAUAGGUAUUAUGUAAUUAAAUCUUAUGUAGAGAUCAAUAAAAAUUUCUUUCUGAAACCUACUACAAAGUUCAACUCCAAUGCCUAAAAUAAAAGCUCCAAAAAUGUCGACAUAGAAGCCAAAGUACAAAGAGAAAAUAUUAAAUGUAUUUUUAUACACAAUUUCAUCAAUAGUGGUUGACACUCUAAAGGAAAUGCCAAAGCUGAAGAGAAUCUGCUUUGCUGAAAGAACUGGUCUCUUAAGUUAAGUUUCAGAAGCAUUGCAUCAAUUUAAAAAAGAUGGCAUUACCCUUAAUACCGUAUAUGAGAAAAGCACUGAAAUCAGCACUCCCCAAACACCGAUGGAUACUAGAACAGGUCUCCAAUAAUGUUACUACGUAAGAAUAAUUACAUUGAGUGUAGUUUCAACCAUUUUCACAGUAACCAGUGUGUCAAUUCAAAGGAUAUAGUGUAUAUUCAAAGAGAGGAUUCAUGCAGCCAAUUCAAUUUGACAUGCAGUUCUAAUUGAUGCAACAGCAAUUUUAAAAUUAAUUAAUUUAUAAGAAACUAUACUUUUGA